CCGCUGCAAUUCAAGUGGAAUCAAAUGAAAUAUUUGGAAUAGAUAAGAGCGCCGCCGACUGAUCAUGGAAGUAGUAUCCCAGCGUAAUUUGGAAUCAAACAGUAUUAUCAUAGGUCAGCAACCGCGCAGCCAGCAGAUAAUCAAUCGAUAGCACAAAUCCGGAAAGCUGCGAUCUUCGCGCACGUGCGUCCAUUCAAAGGCUGACGGAAUUCUCACUCGGUUUACGUAAACAAUUCGCGUUCCGCCAUGACGGAAGUGGAAAUUGCCACGGGAAAAAAGUCCAAUCCCGUUAAGUCCUUUAUUGCGGGCGGCGUCGGUGGCAUGUGCAAUGUGCUUGUUGGCCAUCCUUUGGACACAAUAAAGGUUCGUUUGCAAACCAUGCCCACGCCUCUGCCCGGACAACCGCCGCGAUACAAGGGGGUUGUAGAUUGUGCCGCGCGGAUCUUCCGCCAGGAGGGACUCCGUGGAUUCUAUAGAGGAAUAUCCGCUCCGCUGGUCGGCGUAACUCCCAUCUACGCCGUGGACUUUGCGGUCUAUGCGGCGGGCAAGAGGUUAUUCCAGACGGAUGACCACAUAAGGCUCACCUACCCUCAAACCUUUGUUGCCGGAGCCAUGGCCGGAGUUUGUUCCGCCCUGGUCACAGUACCCACCGAUCGAAUUAAAGUCCUGCUGCAAACGCAACCCGUGUCCAGUGGACCUCUACUCUAUAAUGGAACUCUAGACACAGCCGUAAAACUUUAUAGGCAGGGUGGAAUUAGAAGCCUUUUCAAAGGAACAUGUGCCUGCAUUCUGAGAGAUUCGCCCACCGGUUUCUACUUUGUGACCUAUGAGUUCCUGCAGGAAAUGGCCAGAAAGAAGUCCAAGUCAGGAAAAAUUAGCACAACAUCAACGAUUCUGUCUGGCGGAACGGCUGGCAUUGUGUUCUGGACUUUGGCCGUGCCCUUCGAUGUACUUAAAAGCCGUCUCCAGUCCGCACCUGAGGGCACUUACAAGCACGGUAUUCGAAGCGUUUUCAGGGACCUAAUGGCCACUGAAGGUCCUAGGGCUCUGUUCCGCGGCAUUCUCCCGAUUUUACUGCGUGCCUUUCCCUCCACCGCUGCAGUUUUCUUCGGUGUGGAGCUAACCAACGAUUUGUUAAAAGCGUAGUCUUAAGGAUUUGUAUUUAAGAGAGGCUGUUUAGAUAAUUAUACAUUGUUAGCAAAGUGAA